AUGGACGCCGUCAAGCCCCCGGAGCCGUUGCAGCUUUCCGGAAACUUGAGAAGAAACUGGCUGCUGUUUAAGCAGAAGUUGGAACUCUACAUCACAGUGACGUCGUCAGAGAAGCGAAGGAAGGAAGCUGUAAAAGCCGCAAUACUCAGCACCACAGGUGACGAUGGCUUGGACGUGUACAACAACUUCGUGUUUGCCGAAGAUAUGCUGUCCCGUGCUGCCACGCUGGCUGGGUGCGCUGAAGAAACGGAAGACGUGGAUAUCCACGCAGUUCAAGUGGUCUUGAGCCUUGUAAGCACAAGAACAAAGCAGCGACUGGAAGAAGAAACUCGCACGGAUCCGUAUUUAAGCAGCGUUAUAGAACAACUAAGCACAGGUGCGGCCAUUCAAGGGGAACUUAAGCCGUUCACAUCUGAGUUGGCGGCAGUGGAUGGCAUACUGCUAAAAGGAAGCAAGAUUGUCAUACCAAAAGCCAUGAGGGCCGAAAUUCUGCGGCGGAUGCACGAGGGUCACUUGGGACAGAACAAAUGCAAGGCCAGGGCACGUAGGCUAGUUUUUUGGCCAGGACUCGACAGUGAUAUUGAGAACCUGGUACGAACGUGCCAUGUGUGUCAGAAAUACGCCUACAGCCAACCGACCGAGCCCCUGCUGCUACGGCCUACACCGGAACGACCAUGGCACCGUGUCGGAAUUGACCUGUUCCAAUACGCAGGGCACUCGUACGUGGUAGUGUAUGACGACCACUCGAACUUCCCAGAGGUUGAAAGAUCUCCAUGA